AUGGACGCGUUCAACUUCUUUUUUUGUGCCAUGUUUAAUCGUGUUCCAGUUUUGAUUUUCACAUUUUUACUGAUAGUCUUGCCCAUACUUGGGUUAUCCAAAGUCGUUAAUUUAAGUGACUUUGAUCCGUCAUUUCAGCAGUGGACUGGAGCAUUUAGUGUUCAUUUGAUUGUUGGUGGAUUAGUUCUCAUUUUCAUUGUUCUAUUUUUAUUGGGAUAUUUCCUGAAUGGGUAUUUACCAGAGUUAUCAAUAAUUGCGUUCAAUGUUGGACUCAUUAUAGUAUGUAUUACUGGAGUUGUGUUGUCCAUUAUCAUUAUACCAAUUGCAGCAACCAUUAAAUUUGAUAUCACAAUCCCUGACCAAGUCAUUGCCUUAGAAAAGAAUAAUCAAAAGAAACUAACAAGAAGUAUGGGUGUUGCUUUGCGUUUGAAGGAUAUGCGCGCACUGGGUGCCAAUGCAAAUAUUCCAUGCAUAAUACAACAAGCAUAUAUAACGUCUCAGUAG